AUGCAGCGCGGCAAGAAGCAGGGUCUGUGGGUCGGCCGCCGCGUGCCCGAGGUGGAUGAGCAAGGCGUGCCUAUCCUCUACAGCCGCUACACCAGCAUAGAGGAGGUCCUGCAGAAUGGCAAGCGUCGGCAGGAUGCCGACGGCAGCGCGGCGGCUGGCGUCGAUGCGCGCGGGAAGAAAAAAAGUCGACACGAGCAGAAGCAGCAGAAGCAGCAGCAGCAGCAGCAGGCCUCAGGUUCAGAAUCAGAGUCACAUUCUGAUGAGGACGUGCCAGGCAAUACGCAAAAGGGUGAAAAGGGCAAGCAGCAGGAGCAGCCAAAGCAACAGCCCAGCAGCAACAAGGAGAAGCAAGAGAAGAAGCAAACGCAGCAGAAGCAGGCCGACAGUGCAGGCAUAAACGGUGAGCAACAGCAGCAGCAGCAGCAGCAGCAGCAGCAGCAGCAGCAGUCCAAGGCGGGCAACGCCGACCAGGCGCAGCAGAUUCGCAGCGUGCUUGGCUUUGAGGGAUCCACUGCUCGGCCGGGCGGCGGGUUUGCGUUCUCCUUUGACGCGGAGGUGGUGGCGCAGGUUGAGGCCGACACCGAGGCGAAGCUGGCGCGGCUGCACGCUAUCGACUCGGCCGACAAGGACGGCCACAUCCCGCGCAGGGUGUUUGUUGGCGGCAUGCCCUACAGUUACAGCCGGGAGCAGGUGGAGGAGUACUGGUCGUGGUGCGGCGAGAUCGAGGCCCUGGACAUGCUGACGUUCCCCGACAGCGGCCGCUUCAGGGGCAUCGCGUUCAUCACCUUCAAGGAGCAGGCGGGCUACGACGCGGCGCUGGCCUGCGACGGGGAGCAGCUGGACGGGCAGACCCUCAAGGUCGAUAAGUGCAAGGCGGCCGCAGGAGGAGCCCGACGCAACAGCAGCGCGGCAGCCUACGCAACGACGACGGCCCCUGCGACCCAUUCUGAUGCAGCGGCGCCGCAGCUGGACCAUGCGGCAGACCCUCCAAAGGGCAGCGCUGCCAGCACCAAUCGUGGCGGGCCCACGGGCAGCAGCGGCCGGGCGGCCAAGACUCCGGGGUACAACGUGGCGUAUGUCGGCAACGUGGCGUUUGAGGUGACGCCAGACGAGCUGCGGGCCGUGUUUGAGGAGUGCGGCGUCAAGCUGGUGCGGUUGCACACGGACCAAAAUACAGGGCGAUCCAAGGGCUACGCUCACGUGCACUUUGAGGAUGAGGCUGGCCUGGACAAGGCCAUCCAGCUGGACGGUCAUGUGAUGAGGGGCCGCGGCAUACGCGUGUCGUACGGUCAGCCCAAGAAAUGA